UUCAGAUGUGUUUGCGCCCUCUGUUUCCCGUCGGACGGAUAAGGGACGGAAACCAAACAGCCACGUAGUAAAAGCGAAAGGCGAAGCUCGCAAAAAGUGCUGUCUUUGUUCAGAAGUGUUCCUGGACACUGACAUGGUCCCAGCUGACCUGCCUCCUAAGAAGAUGGUCUUGUGAGAAGUUCUUUCCAAAGGAUCACCAGCAGUAUUGUGACUGUUCAGUUUCUUUAUGGAAAUGGAUACUAACCAGUCAGAAGCAGUUCAAAUGGAGGCUAAUGCAUAUCAAGUGGACCAUGUUAUAAAAUCCAAAGUAGAAGGUGAAACCCAGUUGAAACAACAAGGGCUGGAGGACACACAAAACACAGAAGGGGAUAUUCAUAAUGGUCCUGUCAGUUUAGAUGUGAUGCCAAAUGGAAACGGACUGGCAGAGGACUUUGGUGCUGCGGGGAACACCCACAUAAAUGGGCCCCUGCCUCCGACAGCCCCUCCCCAGAGCACCAGCUCCCCUGUCAACUCCCAGACCCAAGAGCCCUCCCCAGGUUUGGCUGCUUUUCCACCCAUGAUGCUAGAGAAGUCUGAGGGGGCUUCUAGUGCUGAGUUCACGGUUCACAAGGGUGAUUCAUUGCAGUCGCUCAGACUCAGUAUGCCUAUGCAGGAGACUGAAUUGUCCAACCAGAAGCCAUCACUGGAGAUGGAGAAUGAGGAAAAGAUUCGUCUGGAGGCUCGCCGGCGUCUGGAGGAGCAACUCAAACAGUACAGAGUGCAGAGACAUAAAGAGAGGUCUCACCGCACGACCCCCAAGAUCAGGCCAUUCAGCACUCUGGACCCAGAGCUCAUGCUGCAUCCUGAGGCUCUGCCCAGGGCCAGCACUGUUGCUAUGACCAAGGAGUAUUCCUUCCUGAGGACCAGUGUCCCCCGUGGUCCCAAACUGGGUAGCUUGGGAAUUCCCCCUUCCAAGGAGAAAAAAUCCAAAUCACCCCGCCCAAACAAGAUCUACUCGUUGGCUGACUACAAGUCCCCUGAGAAUGAUGGUGGAAAUGGAGGAGUAGGUGGUGGUGUAGUAAGAACAGCAGACAACACCAUGAGCUCCCUCCAGUCCACCAUUAGCUCAGUGUCCACCUUGUCUGAGGUCAGUGUGAUGUCGGAGGGCAGCACCCGUGAGACAGAUGCACAGUCCUCUGCUUCGCUCCAGGGUGGUGAUAAUGUCUCAGAAAUUGAUGGCAGCGAAUCAGGAACAAGGCCUGGGAACGACGGCAACGACAGUGACAGCUCGUCUUACAGCAGCGUGUCUACCAGAGGGACGUACGGGAUGCUCUCCGCGGCCGUGGAAAGACAGCAGGGGCCCUACACAGUGGAGGGGAGGGAGAUUGCCCCUGAGGCAAUGGGUCAGUUCCCCUCCCUGCAGGAGGUGCUGCAGGCGGCCAGUGAAGAGCAACACCAGCUGGAGCUGGAGCAGGAGAGAGAAGGGACAGCGGAGCCUCGCAGCCGCAGGGACAGUUUCUCCAGCAGUGUUUCUUUGGAGAGCUCAGUGAUGGGCCACGAUGAAAUGCUGCAGGUGUUGAAAGAGAAAAUGAGACUAGAGGGUCAACUGGAAUCUUUGUCAUCUGAGGCCAAUCAGGCUCUCAAGGAGAAGACAGAGCUUCAGGCCCAGCUCGCUACAGUAAAUGCACAGCUGCAAGCCAAGAAGGAGGAGGCACAGGUCACCCAGGAGAAGCAGAGCGCCCUCACUAAGGAGGUUGGCACACUGCGACAAAACUGCAGCCAGCUAGAGAAGGCCAUGGUGGAGCUCCAGGGCAGUCUGGAGAACAAGAAUGCCAGUCUAGCUUCACUAAGUAAUGACCUAAAGGUGGCUGAAGACCAAUACAACAGGCUGAUGGGGAAGGUGGAGGAGAUGCAAAACACUGUAACCUUGAGAGACAAUACAGUUCAGGAGUUGCGUCAGCAGAUGGCUGGUCUUCAGAGCCAGCUUCAACAGGUCCAACUGGAGCGCAGUACCCUACAGAGCCGGAUGAAGACUUCCCAGGCUGAAAUUGACUCACUCCAGCAGCUCAGACAGUGGUACCAGCAGCAGCUAGCCCUGGCCCAAGAGGCAAGAGUACGACUGCAAAGCGAAAUGGCCAACAUGCAGGCUGGACAAAUGACUCAGAUUGGUGUCCUGGAACAUCUGAAGAUGGAGAAUGUGACUCUGUCCCACCAGCUCACUGAGACCCAACACCGCUCCAUCAAAGAUAAAGAGCGUAUUGCUGUUCAGCUGCAGAGCAUUGAGGCUGACAUGCUGACCCAGGAAGCUAAUUAUAAGCAGAUCCAGGAUGCAAAGAGCAUGGUGGAAGAUGAUCUGCAGCACAAACUGGAGGAGUUUGAGGAUGAACGAGAACGCUUAACUAAACUGGCCAACACAGCCAGCACCCUGGAAAGGGAACUAGAGCAGGCAAACUUGACGCUUUCCCAGAAGGACGUGCAGCUGCAGUCACUCCAGAAAGAGCAUCUAGAUCUGAUGCGCCAGCUGACCACCACUCAGGAGAACUUGCACACCAAAGAGCAGUCCAUCAACCAGCUGGAAGCCCGCUACCUGGAGCUGGAGGCCCAGCUGGCUGAGCUGCAGACGGAGAGCAGUGCCAAGGAUGACAACAUCCAGUACCUGCAGAACGAGAAGAUUGUCCUGGAGGUAGCGCUGCAGGCAGCCCGGGCCGAUAAGAGCCAACUUGACGAGAGCGCUGAACGGCUCGGUGAGGAUGUUCUGGUUGCUUCAGAUGUCUUGGAUCAGCUUCGACAGGAAGUCCAGGUCAAAGCCAAUCAGAUUGAAACUCUUCAACAAGAAAAUAAUUCCCUUAAGAAACAAACGCAGAAACUGAAGGAGCAGUUUCAGCAACAAAAGGUGAUGGUAGAGGCCUACCGUCGGGAUGCCAGCUCCAAAGACCAGUUGAUCAGUGAGCUCAAGUCCACCAAAAAACGUCUGUUGGCGGAGGUGAAGGACCUGAAGCAGGAGGUGCUGGGCGUUCAGGGGGAGAAGCAGAAGGCAGAGUUGGAGCAGGCCCGGCUGCAGAAGGAGGUGGUGAGAGUCCAGGAGCAGAUGAACAACAUGGAGGCCCAUCUGCAAGCCAUUCAGACGGAAAGGGAUCAGCUAGAAACCCAGGUCCAGUCUCUACAGUUCGAUCAGAGCCAGCUAGCAGCAGUGACAGAAGAGAACGAAGGCCUGAGGAAACAGGUGGAGCAAAUGGAGGGAGAAGCCAAAAAGGCCAUCUCAGAGCAGAAGGUGCGUAUGAAGCGGCUGGGGACAGAUUUGACUAGUGCUCAGAAGGAGAUGAAGGCCAAACACAAGGCCUAUGAGAAUGCUGUGGGCAUCCUGAGUAGGAGGCUCCAGGAGGCUCUGACUGACAAGGAGACGGCCGAGGCAGAGCUGGUCAAACUCAAGGCCCAGGUGUCGGAUGGGGGAAACAGCCAGGUCUUACAGGAGAAGAUUAAGGCUCUGCAGGCUGAGCUGCAGGCUGUGACCAACAGUAAGACUAUGCUAGAGAAGGAGCUGCAGGAAGUCAUCACUCUCACCUCCACAGAGCUGGAGGAGUACCAGGAGAAGGUUAUGGAGCUCGAGGAUGAGCUUCAAGAGUCACGAUGCUUCAAGAAGCGGAUUCGAAAGUUAGAAGAUGCCAACAAGAAGCUAGCACUCGAGCUGGAACAUGAAAAAGGGAAACUGGCUGGAUUGGCUCAGUCUCACAGUACACUGCGGGAACAUUCCAACAUUUUGGAGUCUGCCUUAGCUAAAAGAGAGGCAGAUCUCGUCCAGCUCAACUUACAGGUCCAAGCUGUUCUGAAGCGUAAAGAGGAGGAGGACCAGCAAAUGAAGCAAGUAGUACAAACUCUACAGCUUGCUUUGGAAAAGGAGAAAACCAAAGUCAAUGACCUGAAAGAACAGGUGGCAGCAGCAAAGGCUGAAGCAGCCCACAAUAGACGGCACUACAGGGCAGCCAUGCUGGAGCUGUCAGAGAUCAAGAAGGACCUGCAGGCCAAAGAGGACCUGGUCAAAGCUCUGCAGAAAGAAUCCCACAAACUACAGGCUCAGGAUGAGCAGCAUGCUCAGGAGGUUUCCAGGUUCCAAGAGGAGCUGGCCGAGGCUCAUUUACAGCUCCAGAUCCUCCAGAAACAACUGGAUGAGGAACUGGCCAAGCAGCCCCUCACUAACCAAGAGGUUGAGGACCUGAAGUGGGAGGUUGAGCAGAGGCAGAGGGAGAUCGAGGCUCAGAAGCAGCAGGUGGAGAUGAUGGAGCAGUGUCAGCACAGGGAGCUGGACAACCUACAGAGAGCUCUGCAGAACAUCAAGGUGGAGCUGGAGUCGGUGCAGGAUGAGCUGAGCAACACCAGGAAGGACAAAUUUAUGUUGCAGGCCAAAGUGGGUGAGCUGAGAAACAGCAUGAAGACGGUCUUACUGCAGAACCAACAACUCAAACAGGACUUCAAACAGAGCCGUCUAAGGAAGCAGCGCAUGGAGCUGAAGAGUGAGGGGAACCCAUCCAACCCAGUGACACCCGUUAAGAUUCCAGACUGCCCGGUGCCUGCCUCGCUGUUAGAUGAGCUGCUGAAACCAUCAACUUCUGUCAACAAAGAGCCCCUCAACAACCUGCACAACUGUCUGCGGCAGCUCAAGGAGGAGAUGGACAGCCUCCAAAGGCAGAUGGAGGAACACACAGUAACAGUACAUGAGUCAAUGAGCUCAUGGACAAACACAGAGGAGGGACUGGCUCAACUGCAGCUUCAAAACGUCUCCAAAUCACCAACGCCGCUACACAACAUGGUGGUGGAAAAUAAUAAUGAAGCGGAACAGCAGCAGUCAUAACAGAAGAACUUUUCUCAGGCCAUUAGAGGGAGAGUGGAGUUUUAUCCACAAAGGCACUUUUUAGCCCCUUUAUUCCCUUUCUCUUUUCUUAACAAUUGCUGCCAACAUUUGGCAUUCUCCCAUCAGCACAUAAGUGCUUUCGCAGAGUAAUACUUUAUAUACCAUAGCUUUAUUCUUUCUUCUUUAUUUGACAGUUGUUUAUAUUUUUGUUAUGCUAUUGUCACAUUUAUUUAUUUAGAGUUAAGGAGCUAAAAUCUAUCUGACAGCCUCUCUAAGAGGAUCCCCCUUCAACAAAUAUGGUCUAGUUUAACUGAGCUGUUGGGCUAGUUUUUCCUGUUUAGUUGGCAGUUUUUCACACUAAAAGGUAUUUUGACAUCAUCACCCUCCUCAUAAUAUGAAAUCAGUGGCUUUGAUGCUACUUCAUGAUGGCUGACAUUAUUUAAAAAAAAAGUGUUUUUGGUGACAGAAGCAACCCAUUAUUCUGUCACCAGAGUGGCUAUGAACUGUUCUUCCAUUUCUUUGUGCCUGUGUGAAUGAGUGAAGUUGCCCAUCUAUGAUUUAACUGACGUGGUUACACAUUCACAUGGUCUCUAAGCAGUUGAUGAAACAUCAUCACUCCAUUUCAUGAAGUUAAAAGUCAUGCACAAUUGUGGGUCAGUUGUUUUGUAAUAACUCUUGUUAAAAUGCAGUGUUUCUUACAUUUGUUGUAACCAUAUCACCUUGGGUUCUAACAUUAAUCUUCUCAGUUAUAUAUGGAGGUGUUUUCUAGCAUGGACUGCAGUAAUUUGUACGCAAAAAAGCCUUAAGCAAUCUUUAAUAUGCUGUAAAAGACUAAGUUGGUUUGAAUGAGCAUAUUUCUGGUGAGGAUGUGUGUGCAAGAUGUAAUAUGUUAUAUUGUAUAUGUGUGCAAAUCCUUACUGAAGAAUGGUUUAUUGUAAAAUAAGUGAGUCACAUCAACUGAAAUUGCACACUAGAUGAACAGAAGUUAACUGACGAAGGGAGAAAGUUGUACUAUGAAGCAGAAAUGUUAUUACUUCUAGCAGCAGGUGCAAUCAGAUGUGUUCAUUUUCUGUUACAUUUGGUACAUAUUGUAUUUACAAAAAAAUUACUACCCCCGAAUCGGAUGUCAUUCAUGUUUUAUGGCUGUUUCAUGGUUAUGGGGAUAACUUAAUUGUUUCCAGAGGUUAAUAUAUAUAUAAAUACAUUUCCUUUUUUGUUUGAUUGUAAAGUCAUCAUAAUUGUUUAAUAGUGUAACAAAGACAAAAUAGAAAAUAUCAAAUGCAAACCAUAAGUCAAAGCCGAUAGUAAUUCUGGUACAGCUGCGCUAAAAUUUCUGUGUGGAGGGGUCUUUGGAUGGUACAGUAGCUUUCUGCAUGCAACUGUGCUGCAGCUGCUUUGUUGGUGCUCAUUAUCACACUAACAAACUUUUCUAAACACUGUUGUAUGCUUAUGAAUUUCCAAAGGGACAAUAAAUACUGGUAUUUUGAGGAGAAUGCUUACAGAAGAUUAUAACAAAUAUAUUGAUAUACUGUGUUCUAAAAAAAAUCUCUUGGACUGUAUCUUCCAAACUACCUUUCACUGUAACGUCAGGUAGUAUGUAAUAUCAUUUGCUAUGGGGCACCUGCGCUCAGUGCAUAAACCUUGCUGUAUCUGCUUUUUUUUUUUUCAAAGAUUGGAAUUGAUUCAUUCCUAUGUUUUAACAUUUGUUUUGGGAGAUGUGAUUGUAUUUAUCAUAAAAUUGCACUAUUCAUCAGUCA